UUUCCCCCAAACAAUAUGAUUUUAUUGCCAGACCACGGUCUCACUUGUGUACCAAAUUCAAAUAAGCUUAGAUCGUAAUAUCGCAGAGAUAUAAAAACAACCGAAAAUAUAAUAUAAUGUCGAGCAACAAGGAGUCGUACAAAGUGCUAAAUGCCGAGCUAAUGGCCGAGGUGCAGAAGCUGCGCCUGAUGAUUGCCGCCUACAAGCGGCAGGUGUCGAGCCUGUUGCGCGAGAAUAUGGGUCUGCGGGAGGCACAGAUUCUGCAGAGAGCGAGUGGAGGUGGUCAGCAGCGGCGCUGGAAACUUGACUCCAACUGUCUGGGAGCGACCAGACCUGCUCCGAACAAUCGUCGCCGAUACGGCGACAUGGACAUUGCCUUGGAGGUGUCCGAAGAAGCGCCUGAAAUAGGAAGACUGAAGCUAUCGACACCGCCUAUAGUGCCCACCAUUGACGAGGAUGACCCCACCACCACCAGUGGUGAGGAUGAAGGCUGGCAGUCGGCUAACAAGGAUGGUUUAAUACGCAAAAUCGCACGUUCCUGCUGGCGCAGAGCCAAAAUCAUUAAUUAAACAAAUAACAUAAAAAAUAGUGUUAAAUUAACAAUGUAUAAAAAAUAAUUUAAAACAAUAUUUUGGAAAAAAAAAUAAAAAUGUACUGUCAAGUUUUAAUGAAUUAGAUUUAAAAGAAUUC